UGUGCCAUCUACUGGCGUUCUUAUGCACCAAAAUUAGCACUGUUUUUAUCUCUGAGAUUUCUAGUUCGUAUUUCAACUGUCUUUCCACUUUCCUAUAAGCUCUUUGAAUUGUUGUUAGUGUUUGAAUGUGUUGGCUGCGAAGAGAACUUCUGACAACAGUGUUUUCAAUUUGUGAUUACCAUGGGACGGCAGAAACCUUCAAAACCAGGUACUAGGAAAUACGGCACAAAAACCCGUUACUCGAAUGACACCCUGCAGAAAAUAUUAGAAGAAAUUACUACUGGAAGAAUCGGCCAGAGGGAAGCUGCAAGGAAAUAUAACAUUCCAAGACAAACCAUUGUGAACAAAUUAAAAAACAAGCACAGCUGUAAAGUUGGAAGACCCACUGUGUUUACGGAGAUUGAAGAAAGAUCUUUUGUACAACAUUGUAUCACUGUCAGUGAUAUGGGUGUUCCAAUAUCAAUCUUUGACUUGAGGUGCAUAGUUAAGUCAUAUCUUGACACCUGUAACAGAAAAGUAAGCUGCUUUGCAGAUAAUAUGCCUGGAUGGGAAUGGGGAAAGGCCUUUUUAGAGAGGCAUCAUUCUGAACUUUCUCAGAAAUUUACAGUAAAUAUUUCAAGGAAGCAUGCUGCCGUAAAUGAGGACAUAAUCAGCACUUUCUUUCUGAAAUAUAAAGACGAGAUAGAAGGUGUUCCUGCUGAAAAUAUUUUCAAUUUUGACGAAACAGGGUUUCAUGACAUACCAGCAAAAGGAAAGCUCUUGUUUCGUCGAACGUAUCGACAUCCUGAGAAAAUCGAGAAUACAUCAAAAUCAUGUUUUACUGUCAUGUUCUGUGGGAAUGCAGCAGGAGAAUUCCUUCCUCCAUAUCUUAUUUUUAAAGGUAAGCAAAAAUGGACUGACUGGAUUUACAAUGCACCUCCUGGAACACGAAUGAAUUCAUCAGACAGUGGGUGGAUGGAACAAGGAGUAUUUGAUGACUGGUUUGAAACUCACUUCCUCCCUUUUGCCUUAAAGAAAGAAGGAAGGAGAGUAAUUAUUGGAGAUAACCUCUCCUCUCACAUCUCAAUCAGAACUUUGGAGCUUUGUGAACAAAAUAACAUUAAGUUCAUUUGCCUGCCACCGAAUGCGACACAUCUUCUGCAGCCGCUAGAUGUGGCUUAUUUUUCUUCUCUGAAGAAAAACUGGAGAGAUGUUCUUUCUCAAUGGAGGAAGACUCCAGAAGUAAAGAAGAAACAAUGUCUUCCAAAGGGUACAUUUAGUGGCCUACUGGCGAAGACUUUGCAGUUAGGUGAACAGACAGCAUCUUCAAAUUUAGUGAAAGGAUUUGAGAAAUGUGGAUUGUGUCCUGUAAACUGUGAUAGAGUCUUACAAUGUCUCCCUGAUUAUGCAAGAAAUGAGUCUUCUGUGAUGGGAAGUGUGGGAGCUGAAUUUAAAAAAUAUUUGGAGACAAUAAGACAAUCAGAUCUGAAUGUGAAGUGUGUCAAAAAGUACAAGUUGCCCAUAGAACCAGGGAAGAGUGUGUCUACAGAAGAUGUUAGGGCAUUUUAUGAGAAUAGGGAGCUAACUAGAAACAAUGGAAGGAGGAGACAGUCACAAAUAGAGGGAGGAGAAAAUGAACUCCGGGGUGAGCUAGAGUUUCAGCAGUGUGGCACAUCACGACCAAGAUCAGGACCAAAAACAAGAGGAGGUGUAAGAGCUCGUGCUGCAACACUCAGAACUUUAAAUCGAAGUAAUCUGCCUACAGAUGCUUCUGAAAGCUGUAUCUUAGCUGAAUUAGAUGUGACCAGAAGUAUGACUGAUCGCAUGGAACUUGUAAACAGCCCUAUUGUCAUCGCUGAGGGGAACAUGGUUGUAGAAGAAGAAUUACUAACUGAUAUGGUCAAUCAACCUUCUACAUCAGAAGGUGACUUUCAUGUAAAUGACUAUGUCAUUGCAGUAUAUGAGGGCAAAUGCUAUCCUGGAAAAGUCACUGCAGUAGAGGUGCGAGGCAAUUGUGUGACAUUCAGAAUAAGUUGCAUGGUUAAAAAAGGAAAAUAUUGGGUGUGGCCUGAGAGAGAGGAUUCAAUUUGGUACAGAAAGGACUGUAUAUUAAAGAAAAUUGAUGAAUCCUGCAUGAAACAUAUUAAUAAAAGGGGCAUGGUUCAUAUCAGUGAUGACCUCCUGUGCUCAUCGGAUGAAGAUAUUUGAGGAAAUCUAUUUCCUGUAUAGUAUUAGUGAAUGUGUUGUGUUCUGUUUUCGAAGAAAAUAUGUAACUAUUAUUUGUAAUAUGUAUUACAAGCCAUUCACUGUGAAAAAUAUGUUUUUUCUACAUUUCUUUUCACUUAAUUUGAGAUCUGUCAAUGCCAGGUGGAUACAAAUAUAUUGAUAUUUCAAAAUAAACACUCUAUUGUGUAUUAA